AUGUCUUUCUGCGAGCACUGCGUUCAGAGCGUCCGCCAUGAGGGUACGCCCGAGGGCAAAUACGAGGAGAUUAACGGUAUCAAGACGUACGUUGCUACACCCACCAAGGACUACCCGAAGGAGAAGGCUGUGAUCUACAUCUGCGACAUCUUCGGUCUCGAGCUGCCUAACAACCUGCUCCUCGCCGAUGACUACGCACGCAACGGCUUCCAGACGUACGCGCCUGAUCUCUUUGAGGGCGAGCCGGCUCCGGCGGACCACAAGAACCCGGACGGUUCCGAGUGGAACAUCAUGGAAUGGUUCCCGCGUCACGCAGCCACCCACACUGUGAAGCGCGUUCAGGCCGUCAUCGACGCGCUUAAGGAGAAAGGCGUCAAGGAGUUCGCGGCCGUCGGCUACUGCUACGGUGUCCGCCUCGUCUUCGACCUCGCGUACGCCGGCCAGCUCAAGGUCGCCGCAGGCUCCCACCCUUCGCUGCUCGAGCUCUCGGACUUCGAUCGGUUCGCGAAGGAGGCCAAGAUCCCGCUCUUGCUCAACUCCUGCGAGACGGACCCGCAGUACACGAAGGAGAAGCAGGAGUACUCGGAUAAGGUCUUUGCGGGUUACGAGCCGGGCUUCUCGAGGCCGUACUUCCCCGGCGCGACGCACGGGUUUGCGGUACGUGGGGAUCUGAGCGACCCGAGGGUUAAGGAGGCGAAGGAAGGCGCGUUCAAGAACACCGUCGAGUGGUUCAUCAAGUACCUGUAG